CUAAGAAUUAAUUUUAAAAUUAGAUUUGUUAUUUGAUUUAUCACAAGUAGAUUUGAUGCUUUAUGUUAGAAAAAUAUCAUUUAAAUUCUAAGCAUCUAUUGAAUUAGUUUAUAAAUUAUUACAUAAAUAAAGUAAUAUUAUUUUUUGAAAUAUAUUUUUUGGCGCCACUUGACAACUAGUGGAAAAAUCUGGAAAUAUUUAUUGUUCUAUUGUCUAUUUUUUUUUUUUAUCUAUUUAUGUGUCAAAAUAAUAAUUGUCUGCAAGUGAAACGUAUUAACAUUGUUUCCAUUACAUACGUGUCCUAUUAAAAAUAAAUAUUUUACAGCUAAACAAGUAUCAUCAUGGUUUACAUAUCAAAUGAUGGAAGUCUUCUUCCUGCUGCACCAUGGAUCAACAGAUUUUUUGGUUUUUUUACAUCAAUAUUUUAUGGAAUUGGAAUGUUCUUUAAUACAUUGAUUACACCAAACACAACAAAAUAUGGUACUGGAUACACUCGUAAUUAUCGUCCAGGCUCAGGAUCAAAACCUGCAACUAAAAAGUUUGGUGGCUUGAAUUUGAAAGGAUCCAUGAGCAUGCCUGGAGGUUGUAGCAGCUGUGCAAAAAAUAAUUAAUCAAAUUAAUAUAAUUAUGUUUUUUUUUUUUUCAAAAUUAUACUAACGUUUUAUUAUCAAGCUGCCAUUUUAACAUUCCAACAGGAGUAUAAAAUGAAUAAAAUAUAAAUAUUUACUUCUAAUGUUAAUAAUUAAUUUAAAAAAAUAAUUAAAAAUUAAAUUAU